GUCCAAAAAAAAGGAAGAAGAAGGGAAGAAGGGAAUGGUAAGAAACCAUAUUUACGUCACCAUCCAAGUCAGAAUAAGGCUUACGUUAUAAACCCAACUUUCCUUCCCUGAUUCUGUUAGCCCUAGCCUCCACCAUCACUCACCAUGUGGCCGUCCGGCGACGGACGUUGCAACUGCACUCCACCAUCCGAAACCCAACUCAAUUCGGCCUCUGAUCAAGAUGAAUUCGACCCAAAAAAGUGUCGUCUUUGUAGACGAGGAUCAUCCUCAUCCAGUAUUCGUUCCUCGUCGUCCACUUCAUUACUUAGCUUUGAAUUGAUGGAAUUGAAGGACUAUGAUAAGAAAUGGAGAGUUUCUUCGGCAACUAUCAAAGGGUUCACGAUUGGUGCUGGACUUAAAGGUGGUCUGUCUCUAUUCGCUGUCCUUGGUCGACUGAGACGUAGAAGAUUGAAGAAUGUAGCAAUGACGUCUGUUAGUGAUGAUUUGAUUUUCACUAUUAAAGAGACUAUCAGUUACGGUCUCUUCCUUGGGACUUUUGCUGGAACCUUUGUUACAGUGGAUGAGCUUAUCGCGCAUUAUGGAGGGAAUAGGAAGACUGCAAAAUGGAGGGCUUUGUUAGCAGGAGCCAUUGCAGGACCUUCAAUGCUUCUGACUGGACCAAAGACAACACAUAUGAGUUUAGCAAUUUACAUUCUUAUGCGUGCUUCUGUUUUGGCUUCAAGAUGUGGAAUUAAGAGCAAGAGAUUUGGAAACAUAUGUAAACCUCUAACAUGGGCUCAUGGAGACAUCUUCCUCAUGUGUCUAUCGUCUUCCCAAAUUCUAUCAACUUACAUAUUGAAGCAAGAUAGUUUGGCUUCAUCAUACAAAUCUUUUCUCAAUAAACAAGGUGGAAAGGCUGCCAUUAUCCUGCAAGGUGUCAAAGAGAUGGCAUGUGGCUUGCCAUUGAAUAGUUUGGAGGAAAUAAAGAAUUACUACAAGAGUAGUACAGGUUUAGACAUUGUGUUAGAUCCAGAGAUGAAAGUCCCAUGCUCGAUUAUACAUGGAAAUCAAUCGUGUGGUGGGCAUUUCUUUUCGUUUUUAAUUGAAGCAUUCAAAAGGGCAUUGCCGGUUUAUCUCCCUGUUUAUUUGAUUCCUGCUUUAAUAGUUCAUCGUCAAGGACUUCUUAAGAGACAAUAUUCAAUUCUGUUCAAAGGUCUUAUUGGGACAGCAAGAUCAAGCUUGUUUCUCUCAGUCUAUUGUUCAUCUGCCUGGUUGUGGACAUGUGGACUCUUUAGGCUGUUCAAGACGUGUAGCGUUCCUUUGGUGACAAUGGCAGCGUUCCUUACUGGUCUUGCAUUGGGGAUUGAAAAGAAAAGCAGGAGGAUUGAGAUAUCGUUGUAUUGCUUAUCGAGGGCUAUCGAGAGCUUCUUCACGAUGAUGAGCAAUGAUGGAAGUCAUUUAUGGUCUUCGUCAACAUUAAGAAACAAACUGAAAAGAGCUGAUGUGUUGGUGUUUAGCAUCUCAACAGCAAUUAUAAUGCAUUGUUACGCGAUGGAGAGGGAUGUUUUUCGAUCAAAGUAUUUGAAUGUUCUUGAUUGGGUAUUCGGAAUCCCUCUUCCUCAUUCUUCGGAAACCCCUAGGAAGAAAGAAUGAUUGAAAUGUUGAUGGAUCGAUGUACUUGUUUCGAAGUGAGGUAGUCUAAUACCAUACCUUAAGUCUGUUUUCUUCAGUUUUUUAAAAAAAAAUACAACACAAGUUUGUCAUGUUUCUUACAUAAUAUGGAUAUUGACAUUAUUAUAGAAGAAGCUUACAUUUGUUGAUUUA